CAACAACACCGACGUCACGUCAAUAAACAAAAUAUCAUAUUAAGGCACAAUGGAGGAUCCUGUUGGGGUAUUGGAAGACAGAGUGCGGUUGUUGGAGUUGAGAGUGUUUGGGGAGAGCCAGGGAGAGGAUGUAGCUCUUCCUCAGUCUUCUGCCGUUGACUCUUUGUUGGAGGUUCAACGUGUCGUGUCAUCUGCUCUGUCCGGCCGAGAAAAGAUGACUGCUGCUGUCAAACGUCUGGACCAGCUUGAAGCCGUACUUGAUCCGAUGUUUGAAGACUCGGUUAUAGACAGUGCUGCAAAAGUUGCUUUUAUUCUCUCAAUGGAGUCUCACCUGGAGGAAGUGACAAGACAACUUGUCCGAUUGAAGGAACUGAGCCCCAGCUUGGAGAGUGAGCAGCUGCGUAACAUUCCAUUGUUGCUAAGGCAACUUGCGAAACUGACCACUACGAUGGUCGAGCAGCGAGAAAAGUAUGAGUUGGUUGACGACGGGAUACAAGACCUUGUGUCUAGGUAUACGGAGGUGAUCAAUGGAAUUACUGCAGUGUUUGCCACUCUGGAUAAUUUAGUCACAGAAUUAGAAAUAAAAGCUCUACCAAAACCUGUCAUAGAUUAAAACUCAGCGUUAUACUACCACCUUAAACAUAUUUAAUAAGCUACACGUUGAUAAAUGUUGUUUCUAUAAUUUAGCUUUUAAUAUUUAUUUAUGUAACUGUUUUUUAAUAAACUUCUUCUAAAUAUAUAUAAAU